UUAAUUUUCAAUAUAAAAUAUUAAAAAAAAGUUUAAUUAUAUAUGUACAAUUUAUGUACAUUUAUCACUAUCUGACUGAUUAAUUGUUGUAACAUUAUUCAUAGACCCGAAACUACUGAUUAAUUGUUGAUUAAGUGAGAUAUUUAUUGAAUCUUAGUUGCUUUAAAAAAAAUUAAAUACGUAUACAAAAUUAGAAUGAGAUUACAUAUAAGAUGACAAUUCACAGCGAUAUUUCAUUUGACUUUGUAGAAAAAAGUGUGACUCUCAUGAAAUCAUCAAGAAAUUUCUUCUUUCUUUUUUCUUUCUAAAUUUCGAUCUCCAUUGCUAUUCUCGCGCUGCCUGCGGAUCGAGGUUAAGCAGCUAAGGUGACGUAUUCUUCCAUAUCCAUGUUUCCUUCAGUCUAAGAUUGGAAUUUCACAAUUUGGGUUGACUCGCAAAUUUGAACUGUGUUUGUAAUUUAUAGAUGAAAAGGCUAUUUAUUGAUUGAGUAAUUGAAUUGAGUCAUUGAGAUGAUAUGAUUUAGAUAUAUUCCAUAUGUUGAUUUUCUAGGUAGUGUUAAAAUUACUUGAAUUGUGUGUGGAAGUGAAUGUUUUGCUGUGUCAUUACCAGCUCCUCAGGGAGCAUUCGUGGUGUGCAUUUUUUUUGUUGUGAGAGAACCUUAGUUUUAAGCUGCAUACUUGAUGUUAAUGGGGAUUUGAUUGGUAUCUUUAUGACUUUUUUAGAAAUGUGAUUUGUGCUUCUUGUCUUGCCUAUAAGUUUUUCUGCGAAUGGCUGACAACGAUGCUCUUCCCUCUAACGAGAGUAAUGCAUCUUCGGAGAAGGAAAUUGAAAUGUCAAUUGAUGCACUGGCAAGUACGGUUCAAGAAUCUUUCUCACUUUCAAAGAAGCAUAAGUUCUGGGAGACCCAACCGGUUGGCCAGUUCAACGAUCUUGGAGGUACGAGCCUGCCUGAAGGCCCGAUUCAACAACCAACAACACUUUCUGAAGUCAAGCAAGAGCCAUAUAAUCUUCCAGCUGCCUAUGAAUUGGUUACAUGCGAUCUGGAUUCUGACGAGGUGUGCAGUGAGGUUUAUACUUUAUUGACCAAUCACUAUAUUGAGGAUAUUGAAAGCGUGUUUAGACUGAAUUACUCAAAAGAGUUUCUUAGAUGGGCACUCUGUCCUCCUGGUUAUUUCCGGAGCUGGCACAUUGGGCUAAGGGUUAAAACUUCGAAAAAACUGGUUGCAUUCAUUAGUGGGAUCCCUGCUAAAAUUCGUAUACGUGAUGCUGUAGUGCUGCUUGCAGAGGUCAAUUUUCUGUGUGUUCACAAGAAGCUCCGAUCUAGAAGACUUACUCCGGUCAUGAUUAAGGAAAUUAGUCGCAGGGUUCGUAUGGAGAAUAUAUGGCAAGCUGCUUUUACUGCUGCCAAUGUUCUUCCAACACCAAUAGCCACUACUAUGUUCUGGCACAGGACAUUGAAUCCACAGAAGCUAAUCGAUGUUGGGUUUGAUCGACUUGAAGCUUGGAUCACCAUGGCCCAGUAUAUCAACUUUUACAAGCUACCAGAGGAUACAACGACCCCUGGCUUCAGAAAGAUGGAACCCCACGACGUUCCUGCUGUCACUCGUUUGCUUAGGAAUUACUUGAAACAGUUUGUCGUGGCACCAGAUUUUGAUGAGAAUGAAGUCGAGCACUGGCUGCUUCCCAAGGAAGAUGUCAUGGAUACUUAUGUGGUCGAAAGCCUGGAAAGUCACGAAAUCACGGAUUUCUGCAGUUUUUACACUCUUUCUAGUUCUAUAUUUGGUAGUCAGAACCAUUCAGUUCUCAAGGCGGCGUAUUCCUAUUACAACGUAUCCACCAAGACUCCCUUGCUUCAAUUGAUGAGUGAUGCUCUCGUUGUUGCCAAGAAUAAGGAUUUCGAUGUUUUCAAUGUGUUGGAUAUUAUGCUCAACGGGACAUUCUUCAGAGAGCUCAAGUUUAACCCUGGAGAUGUGAAACUUCAUUACUAUCUCUACAACUAUCGGCUAAAGCACGUGCUAAGACCAUCGGAGCUUGGCCUAGCGCCCUUAUAGAUUCAUCGGUCAUGCUGCCCCGGGCAAGCAUUUUGGAUGUGCUCUGUUCUUGGAAGACAGGUUGUGCUGCUACCUUUGGUAUCUCUACUUGGUUCCAAACAAAGAUAUUUAGAUGAAUUUUGUGAUUAAACAUUUGUAUGUUGCUUGUUAUCAAACUGAUAUACUGUAGUUGGUGAAUCAUUUCUCAGUUGAAUGCAUAAUAGGCAUUCAUGCCUUGUAGCUUA